UGGCUUCCAUUGGAUUCAUGUGUCCGGAAAUGAUUUCAGAAACCUAUUUGCAUAGUGAUGUUGAUCGUAUCCUACUAUACAUGACACAUGUGAUGGAAAAACAAAAAUCUAAGCAGUUCAUCUUAUGCCCAUACCAUGAAAAGAAUCAUUGGGUUCUUUUGGUCUUAUGCAUGGCUAAGCGUGAAGUCAUCAUCUUUGAUUCUUUGAGGCAGAAGCGAAAUUUAGUAAUUAAGUUUGCAAUGACAAAUGUCCUCAACAAUUGGGUGGACGUGAGUGUGGCUACUACGUCAUGCGUUAUAUGUACGAAAUACUUGAACAUCACCAUAGCAGUGAGAAUAUUAUUCAGGUAUGAGUUGUCAAAUAUUUCAUUUUUGUUUGAUAAAUACAAUUUGAUGUUAGCUACAAUCUUGAAUUAAAACUUUCCUCUUGUAUAUUUGUUGUGUUGAUAGGAUUUUUCA